GAUCCGACCCGCACUGCGCCCCUGCCCCCCGCGCCCUCCGCCCCCGGCGGGCCAUGGGAGCCAGCUGCCUGGAGGGACCACACCUCUGACAUCCACGUCCCGCCACUAUGAGGAGCGAGCGGACCCGCAAGGCCUCAGGGGGCCCGAAGGACUUCGGCGCGGGACUCAAGUACAGCUCGCGACUGGAGAACAUGAAUGGCUUGGAGGAGGGUGUGGAGUUCCUGCCCGUGAACAAUGCCAAGAAGGUGGAGAAGCGGGGCCCCAGGCGCUGGGUGGUGCUGGCAGCCCUGCUGGUCAGCUUCCUCUUGCUUUCCCUCGUGGCUGGCUUGCUGGUGUGGCACUUCCAGUAUCGGAACGUGCGGGUUCAGAAGGUAUUUAAUGGCUACCUGAGGAUCAAAAAUGAGAACUUCAUAGACGCUUAUGAGAACUCAAACUCUAGCGAGUUUAUAAGCCUGGCCAACAAGGUGAAAGAAGCGCUGAAGCUGUUAUACAGUGAAGUCCCUGUCCUGGGCCCCUACCAUAAGAAGUCUGCUGUGACUGCCUUCAGCGAGGGCAGCGUCAUUGCCUACUAUUGGUCAGAGUUUAGCAUCCCUCAGCACCUGGAGGAGGAGGCAGAACGCGCCAUGGCGGUGGAGCGUGUGAUCACUCUGCCUCCCAGAGCACGUGCCCUGAGCUCUUUCGUGAUGACCUCGGUGGUGGCCUUCCCUUCUGACCCCAGAUCGGUACAGAGGACCCAGGACAAUAGCUGCAGUUUUGCCUUGCACGCCCGAGGUGGGGAGCUGACCCGUUUUGCCACACCAGGCUUUCCGGAUAGCCCCUACCCAGCGCAUGCCCGCUGCCAGUGGGCCCUGCGCGGGGAUGCCAACUCUGUGCUGAGCCUCACCUUCCGCAGUUUUGACGUGGCUCCCUGUACUGGACAGAACAGUGACCUAGUCAUGGUGUAUGACACCCUGAGCCCCGUGGAGCCUCAUGCUGUGGUGCAGCUGUGUGGCACGUACCCUCCCUCCUACAACCUGACCUUCCUCUCCUCCCAGAAUGUCUUCCUCGUCACACUCAUAACCAACACAGAGCGGCGACAUCCUGGCUUUGAGGCUACCUUCUUCCAGCUGCCCAAGAUGACCAGCUGUGGAGGCAACUUGCGUGAAGCCCAAGGAACAUUUAGCAGCCCCUAUUACCCAGGCCACUACCCACCCAACAUUGACUGCACGUGGAACAUUGAGGUGCCCAACAACCAGAAUGUGAAGGUGCGCUUCAAACUCUUUUACCUGCUCGAUCAUGACAUGCAGCCAGGCACCUGCUCUAAGGAUUACGUGGAGAUCAAUGGAGAGAAGUUUUGUGGAGAGAGGUCUCCAUUUGUUGUCAGCAGCAACAGCAACAAGAUGACAGUUCGCUUUCAUUCAGAUCACUCCUACACUGACACAGGGUUCCUAGCUGAGUACCUGUCCUAUGAUUCCCGUAACCCGUGCCCAAAUAUGUUCAUGUGCAACACUGGACGGUGCAUCCGCAAGGAGCUGCGCUGUGAUGGUUGGGUGGAUUGUGCUGACCACAGUGAUGAGCGGAACUGCCAAUGCAACGCCACCUACCAGUUCACAUGCGCCAACAAGAUGUGCAAGCCCCUCUACUGGGUCUGUGACAAUGUGAAUGACUGCGGGGACAACAGCGAUGAGCUGAAGUGCAGUUGUCCAGAUGGGUCCUUCAAGUGUUCCAAUGGGAAGUGCAUCUUGCAGAGCCAGAAGUGCAACGGGAUGGACAACUGUGGGGACGGGUCGGAUGAGAUCUCGUGUGACAACGUGAAUGUGGUCCCUUGUACCAAAUACACCUAUCGUUGCCAAAAUGGACUCUGCUUGAGCAAAGGCAACCCUGAAUGUGAUGGGAAGAAGGAUUGUAGUGACGGCUCAGAUGAGCAGCACUGUGACUGUGGCUUGCGGUCAUUCACCAAGCAGGCUCGAGUUGUUGGUGGCACUGAUGCAGAUGCGGGUGAGUGGCCCUGGCAGGUAAGCCUCCAUGCCCUGGGCCAGGGCCACCUGUGCGGGGCUUCGCUCAUCAGCUCCAGCUGGUUGGUGUCUGCAGCUCACUGCUUUACAGAUGAGAAAAUGUUCAAGUACUCAGACCCUGCCAUGUGGGUGGUCUACUUGGGCCUCCUGGACCAGAGUAAUCGCAGUGCCUCUGGGGUGCAGGAGCACCGGCUUAAGCGCAUCAUCACCCACCCGUCCUUCAACGACUUCACCUUUGACUACGACAUUGCGCUGCUGGAGCUGGAGAAGCCGGCCAAGUUCAGCACUGUGGUGCGGCCCAUCUGCCUGCCCGACACCUCCCAUGUUUUUCCGGCUGGCAAGGCCAUCUGGGUCACAGGCUGGGGGCACACCCAGGAGGGAGGCACAGGGGCGCUGGUCCUGCAGAAAGGUGAGAUCCGCGUCAUUAACCAGACGACCUGUGAGGACCUGAUGCCACAACUCAUCACCCCACGGAUGAUGUGUGUGGGCUUCCUCAGCGGGGGUGUGGACGCCUGCCAGGGUGACUCUGGUGGUCCCUUGUCCAGCGUGGAGGCAGAUAACCGAAUCUUCCAGGCAGGCGUGGUCAGCUGGGGCGAAGGCUGUGCCCAAAAGAAUAAACCAGGCGUGUACACAAGGCUCCCUUUAUUUCGAGACUGGAUCAAAGAGCAGACUGGAGUGUAGAGGCAGGAGCCGGUCUCCAGUUACCCCAACGUGACCACCUACGGGGUCAGCCCCAACGCACACAUGCAGACUGGAGACAGGACCACUGACUGCACUCUGUUGUGGACUCUUCUCCUCCUCCCCCAGAACCCUGUCUGUGAAGUUCAUCCCCAAGACGCUUGAGUUCAUCUGGAGAAUCUGUAGCCUCCUUCAGCCUCCAAAGCAGGACGGGAGGCAGGGAGGGAGGAACUUGUGCCAGUGGUCCAGCUGAGGGCAAAGGUUUUUGGACACCUACUACUGCUCCAGGCUGGGGAUAGACUUUCCUGAAGCCUUGCUUCCUCUGUUGUUUUAAGUAGGACAGCUUCUGGGACCUCCCUGGCGGAGGUCUGCAGGAGGGCUGCAGGCUUGGGGGGUGGGUGGGAUCCUAGGAAACCCAAGUCCCAAGGACUGGGAAAACAGACAAACCUAAGAUUGGAAUUGUUUUACCAGCUCCCAAGGUGGGCCCAGUGUGUGUAUUUGUGUGUAUGAGUAAAACAGUUUAUUUC